GCCCCAACAGCGCAGGAGCGGAGAGCUAGCCGCCCAGGUCCUAGCAGCUUACAAAAGACUUUUAGAAUGUCGUCUUCAUAUACUAAUAUGACACUCUCUCACUUUCGUUCACGAGCCAUUUAGGGGGAAAGUGACCAUCCUGGUAAGACUUCAGGGUGCGAGGACGUGGGUCGGCUCGCGGAGACGGAAGAGUAAAGCGCACCGCUGCCAGGACCUGGGAGGGGUGGAGUACAUCGCUGCCAGGACCCCGGAGGAGAGGCGCACACAGCUCUCUGGACCUUUCCCGGAUGAGGAUCGCUGCCAGAACUCCGAAGGGGGAGGGGCGGGCAUCCCUGCCAGAACCUUGUAGGGGGAGCACGGCUGCCAGGAUCCCAAGGAGUGAAGCACACCUCUGCCAGGACCUUGCGUGGAGCGCACCGCUGCCAGGACCCUGCGUGGGGCGCCCCGCCGUCCCCGCCCCGCGCGUCCCCGUCGCCAUCCUGGUCCCCGUCCUUCACUCUCCGGCCGCGCUCUCCAUCCCAGUUCCUGCUCUCCGCCGCGUCUCCGGCCGGCCUCGCCCGCACGCCCUGGUCACCGUCCCUCCACCCGCGCCCUCCCCGAGGGCCUCCGCCGCCGCCGCCCUGGCGCUCCCCGCCGAGGCCUCCUGCGCCCUGUGCCAGCGUGCGCCGCGAGAGCCGGUGCGCGCCGACUGCGGCCACCGCUUCUGCCGGGCGUGCGUGGUGCGCUUCUGGGCCGAGGAGGACGGGCCCUUCCCGUGUCCCGAGUGCGCCGACGACUGCUGGCAGCGCGCGGUGGAGCCCGGCCGCCCGCCGCUCAGCCGCCGGCUGCUAGCGCUCGAGGAGGCUGCCGCUGCGCCCGCGCGCGACGGCCCGGCCUCCGAGGCGGCGCUGCAGCUGCUGUGCCGCGCCGACGGGGGCCCGCUGUGCGCCGCCUGCCGCAUGGCCGCAGGGCCCGAGCCCCCCGAGUGGGAGCCGCGCUGGAGGAAGGCGCUGCGCGGCAAGGUCUUCUAUCCUGGAUUGUGCUUGGUUACCCAUUUGCCAGACGUUGCCGUGUACCCCCAUUCCUUCUCCCCGGGACGGUGCCCUCUCCCCUUAUCCCCCAGCUCGGAGAACAAGGGGUCUGUGGAGAUCAUGCGGAAAGACCUGAAUGAUGCGCGGGACCUGCAUGGCCAGGCUGAGUCUGCUGCGGCCGUGUGGAAGGGACACGUGAUGGACCGCAGGAAGAAGGCCCUGACCGACUACAAGAAGCUUCGGGCCUUUUUUGCCGAGGAGGAGGAGCGUUUCCUGCAGGAGGCAGAUAAAGAGGAGGGGUCCCCAGAGGAUGAGGACGAGGACGUGGACCCCGCCGAGCGCUUUGGAUCCCUGCUGCAGGCUGUCUCGGAGCUGGAGAGGAGGCACCGCAAUCUGGGGCUCAGCAUGCUGCUGCAGUGAUGUCCUGCCUCUGCUGGCUCCAGGCGGUAACAGCUCCAUCCACGGUCGGCCUGGCCCCCAGUAGCUCCUCCAUCACCUCUUCCUGGACCCGCAGCAACCUUCACCCCUGAGGGCCUGCACCGAGGUGCACACACAAGAUGCAUACCACAGGUGGCUGCCUUGGGUGGGCCAAGGAACCACUGUUCCCUUGCCCUGUGGGUGUUCGUGUUCCCCAGGCUGUAACCAUUUCACUGUAGAGACCUGUAGCGGGGGUACCAUUGAUCCCAGUGUAUCACGACUCUUCAUAAAGCUCUUGUCGCUGCCA